AACCACACCAACCCUAAAAUGUAAAGCUGCUAAGACCGGAGUCUUGAACAUCAGAUUCGCGGUAAUCAUGUCAAACCCUGUAGAAAGAAACAACUCGGUCUUUGGCGAUGAAUCAACCACCACGGCCAGUAGGGCAGGCCGCAUUUCUACCGCCGCCUCAACAAAAUCGACUUUCAGUAUCACCGACUUCAGGAUGGGUAGCAACAUAAAGUUUACAUUCAGCAAGGAAAAAUCUCUCUUUAUAUUCGCUCCCACACACCCAAUCCGAACCUUCUGCGUGAGGUUCAUCUGCAACCAGUGGUUCGACCAUUUCAUCAUCACAGUUAUUUUGAUAAAUUGCGUGUUAUUAGCAAUGAACUUCGAAAACUUCAAAGUCGAGAUGCUAUUCGCAGUCAUCUACACGAUGGAGAUGAUUAUAAAAGUAAUAGCCAGAGGAUUUACACUUCACAAACAUGCUUAUCUGCGAGAUCCCUGGAAUCGACUUGAUUUUUUAGUUGUUAUGUUUGGGUAUUUAACGUUAAUAGAGGCAUUGAGCAAUUUAGCAUUUAUAAAAGCACUGAGAGUGCUACGAUCCUUAAAAGUUAUCACGGUUGUACCCGGGUUACGUAUAAUGGUGAACUCCCUCCUCAAAUCCCUCAAGAACUUGUCAGACGUCAUGCUGUUGACGGUGUUCUUUCUAGCCGUCUUUGCUAUUAUCGGACUGCAACUCUUCAUGGGCAACCUCAGAAACAGAUGUGUCUUUGAUCCACUUCCAAACGAACAUCCGUAUUACUAUACGUUAUUAGUAGACCCGGAAAAUCCUGGAAAUUGGACGGAUGGAGAAGGAACAGAGAGGCCUCUGAAAGAUUGGAUGUUUGAUUACAUCAACGAUGAAGACAACUGGAUGACAUUGAACGGAGGAGAAGAUAACAUUAUCUGUGGGGCCUUAGGAGCACCUGGAACCCGACAAUGUCCCUUGGGGAGCAGUUGUCAAAACACCGAGACGAAUCCUAACUCGGGAUACACCAGCUUCGACAACUUUGGAAUUGCUAUGCUGACCUGUGCUCAGCUCAUCACCCUGGACUAUUGGGAGGAUGUUUACAGCAAGAUUCUGGGAGCAAGUGGUGCCAUGUACAUUGUCUACUUUCUCUGCAUUCUCCUUUUCGGAUCAUUCUACCUGAUUAACUUGGUUUUGGCCGUCGUAGCUAUCUCGUACGAGCAAGAAGCCCUAGGAGGCGACGGUGACGAAAAGGACGAGGACCAUUCCAGUAUUGAGGAAGAAGCCGAAGAGAAUAGGAUCGAAGAGGAAGAUGAGGAUGAUGAUGAUGAUGAAACAACGACUCUAGCAGAUGAAGACAACACGACAAUUCCUCCAGCCGAGAAACCGACUAUCCGUGAAAGGAUAACAACGAUGUGCUCUAAAUGUUGCUGUUGUGUGAAAUGUGCCAAGAAAGAGGAAAAAGCAGUGAUUAUCGAGAUGGGUCCACCAGGGCUCACAAUUGAUGUGGAUGCUGAAAAAGGCACAACGACAGUUUCGUCUGUGGCACCUUCAGUUCAAGACACGUGCAAGGAAGAGCUGUUGGAUAUCUGGACAUGGUUUAGGUCUCAUACUAAAAGUUUCAUUUACUGUGUUUGGUUUGAGAAUGGCAUCAUGUUGUGCAUUAUCGUGAAUACCAUGUGUCUGGCAAUCGACUCUCCUGGCCUGAGUGUGUCCGUCAAAGACGUUUUGUCAGUCAUCAACGACGUUCUGUCGUGGAUUUUCACAACAGAGUUGGCUAUUAAGUUUGUUGGACUCCUCCCAGUCGAGUUUUGGCAGACCAAAUGGAACAUAUUCGAUACGAUCAUCGUGUUUAUAUCGCUGAUUGAAAUGAACCUGGGAUCAAACACAAGCUUCAAUGUUUCUGGAUUGAGAUCUCUGAGAGUGUUACGAGUAUUUCGGCUCGCAAAAUCGUGGAGCACAAUGAAAGCGCUGAUUGACAUUAUCGCAGAGUCAAUCUCUGGAUUAGUGUAUUUAUCAGUGAUAUUGGGCGUUGUUAUCUAUGCAUUAUCAGUAAUCGGGAUGAAUCUGUUUGAGCCUCUUUAUAGUACUCACUAUACUAAAGAAGAUAUGCCUCGAUGGCAUUUCUUGGAUUUUAGCCAUGCGUUCAUCUUACUGUUUCGGAUCCUUUGCGGAGAAUGGAUCGAAUUGCUAUAUGAAACGCUCGAUGCAACCAAGGGAAACUUUUGGCCAGUCAUAUUUUACAUAUGUGCUUUAGUAAUGGGGAAUUUCCUGAUCUUGAACUUGUUCUUGGCUCUACUUCUCAACGCAUUUGGGGAGGAAGCGCUCAAUAAGAGUGAUGACAUAGACGGAGAUCCGCCAGUUCCUCUGGGCACUCGAAUAAAGAACAAGUUGCUAAGUUCGAGAAGGAAGAAACACAAAAUGGCAUCUGAAAUACGAAUGUCAUCUCUGGCUCUAACUUCAAGUUCUGACGAGCAGAUGAAACAGAACAACCCUCACAACUGUCCACACUCGGGAAAGUCAAACGGUAAACAAGAAUGCGACAACUCCAAACACGAAAAUGACACCGUUUCUAAGCACAGUGAAGAAUCUGAUGACGAGUUCAUGCCUUCUAAGUGUUACGAUUGCUGCCAAUGUUGUUUGAUGUGUUGCAGACCUUUCUGUGUUUGUUGCUCACGAUUCCGAGCUUCCAUACGGGCAGUUGUUGAGCACAACAUGUUUGAGUACACCAUUUUGGUUCUCAUCAUGGUUUCCAGCCUGACACUUGCUUUUGAGGAUGUGUCCCUUGAUCAUGCUCCUAUCAAACGGAAAGUUAUCGACUGUUUGAAUAACUUCUACACAGUGGUCUUUCUCAUGGAGUUGAUCCUCAAGAUGUUUGCUUUUGGAGUUGCAGGCUACUUCUCAUCUGCUUGGCAUUGGCUGGAUUCCAUAGUUGUUGCUAUUUCUAUAAUAAGCAUCAUCCUCGCAAAUGCUGGAAUUGGUGGAUUGAAGGCUAUCCGAGCUCUCAGAGCUCUUCGACCGCUUAGAGCUAUAUCAAGAUGGGAGGGUAUGCGAUUGUCAGUAAAUGCCCUGAUUGCCUCGAUUCCAUCGUUCGGAAAUGUGUCUCUUGUGUGUCUGGUUUUGUGGCUGGUAUUCUGCAUUCUAGCAGUGCAAUUCUUUGGAGACAAGUUUUGGAAAUGCUCUGAUGAUGAUGGAAUAAUAAGUACCGAAAUAGUAAAAAACAAAACUCAGUGCAUCUCGUUGUAUGGUGCCGAGGCGUGGCAGAACUCUGAUAUAAACUUCGACGACACAAUGAUGGCCUUCAUUGCUUUAUACCAAGUGGCUACCUUCGAAGGUUGGAUGGAAGUUAUGGACGACGCUGUCGAUUCGACUGGAAUAGACUUACAACCUGAAUUUGAGGCCUCUUUCAUAAGUUACAUAUUUUUCCUGGUGUUCAUCUUUGUCGGAUCGUUUUUCACCCUAAACUUGCUAGUAGGAGUCAUUAUCGACAACUUCAACCGACUCAAGAAGGAAUAUGAGGAAAAAGGCCAGCUUGGUGUACUACUCACCCCCGGACAAAGACAGUGGAUGUCCACCUUCAGAAAGAUGACUAAAACGAAGCCCAUGAGAAUGGUCAGCCCACCCAAAAAUGACGUCAUGAAAGUCUGCUACGUGAUAUCGGAAAGUCAGAAGUUCGAAAUCCUGAUCACAGCUGUCAUCCUUCUCAACAUGGUGCAGAUGUGCAUGGAGCACCACAAUUCCACCCUAGAAUUCCAAAAUGCAAUGUGGUGGGCCAAUUUGGUAUUUUCGAUCAUAUACACGAUUGAGGCAAUCAUAAAGCUGAUCGGGCACCGGAAAUUCUAUUUCUACAAGAGCUGGAAUGUUUUUGACUUCGUGAUCGUAUUGGCCGCCUGGUUUGGUAUGAUCAUCGACAUGAUCGAGAUGGAUUCAUUCAUAGACCCGUCUAUUUUGCGUUGCUUCCGAGUGUUCAGGGUGGCGAGAAUCCUUAGAAUCAUUCAAAUGGCGAAGGGAAUUAGGCGACUGCUUUACACUUUGAUCUGUUCUUUGCCAGCGCUGAUGAAUAUCGGUACCUUGCUGCUGCUCAUCAUCUACAUCUACUCUGUAGUGGGCGUCGCUAUGUUUGGAACAGUCCAAAUCCAAGGCAUCCUGACUGAUCAGCAAAACUUUGCGUCCACGGAUACUGCUCUGAUAAUGAUGACAAGGCUGGCAACUUCGGCAGGAUGGAAUGAUGUCCUCGCCUCUAUCAUGAUCAGUGAACCUGAUUGUGAUACCAAUCUCUUCGAUGGAAGCAAACCAGGCACACCUGGAAACUGCGGGUUUGGCGUGUUCGGUAUCGCCUACUUCUCCUCAUUUGUUCUCGUCGCAUUUUUGGUGAUGAUUAACAUGUACAUCGCUGUCAUCCUUGACAACUUUAGUGAGGCGCAACAAGCUGAUGAAAUAGGCAUCGAUGAGGACGACAUCAACAUAUUCUAUGAGAAGUGGAUGUUGUUCGAUCCGAAAGCGUCGCAGUUCCUAAACGUCAGUAAGCUGCGAGAUUUAGUGCUGGCGCUGCAACCACCACUGGGCAUUCCUGACGUCACAGAGGAUGACAUUCUCCACCUCGACAUACCGCUCUAUCCUACUGACAGAGCACAUUGUAUCGACGUCCUCCAAGCUCUUAUAUCUAGAACUCUAGGCCCAGAAAACCCUAACACCAGUGAGGAAUUCGAUAUGAUAAAAGAACUCAUGGCAGAAAGCUUUAGAUCGGCCUUCCCAACUCUGGCUGUCGAAGUCAUCGAAACAACCACAAAACAAAGGCUGCGAGAAAUCAGGGCUGCCAUCGUCCUACAAAAGGCUCUGAGAAGGUUCAAGAACUAUAAGAAGCAAGCUCCGCCCUCGCCAUAAAGCUACAGGUUGUCGACCACCAUAUUAUCACUAAUCAUAUCUCGUGUAAACAGCCGCCAAAAGAUCAAAGCCUCUAAUAUCGGACAGGACCAUAUUUUUAUAAUAGUAGAGAUGAUGAAAUUAAGCAAAGGCUGGCUUUUUGUUUCUGUAAUAAACUUGGCUGUCGACGUUUAUCUUAGCGCCAUGCAGGGUCGAAUAACGAACAAACUUUAGCGAAUACUUGGGUAUGGAUUAAAAAUUAGUAGGACAUAGGGAGUGUUUUAGCAUUCGUUAUUUUUAAUGAGACUUGCAGCUACGAUAUUUUAAGGGAAAUGGCUUAUAAUACGCUGUUUUGAGCCAUCGAUUAACAUUAAGGUUGUCAAUGAUUCUGUUUCGAUAUACUCUGUAGUCUGUACCGUUUACCCUCACAAUAAUAUGAAAUCUGAAAUCACAGAUUUUUAGGCGGUAAUCUUAGGCGAUUCCGUGUAAUUUUUUUCAAAAGGAUCAUGUUUCUCCGUAAACUUUUUUAGAUAAGUGAUUUAUAAUGCUAUUGUUCAGUUACCUUCAUACGUAAUAGUCUUGGAUUGAUCAAAAGUUUCUUCCACUCCAGGAUUUUUUUCAAUUAAUACGCCACGGGUGAUUGAUUAUAAUUGAAAUGCAGGAUGUCUUCUUUACGUCUGUAUGGAUAUGUUAAACAUCUAAACUAAUCAAGUGUUGUAUUUGUACUUUAAGAAAAA